AUGUCCAGCAUCCGCUACAACGAACUACAGGAAAAUUACCCGCGGAAGGACUCCCGUCUCCGCUUUUGCGAGAACUCCGAGCUGGAGAAAGACCUUACGAUCACCAGACUCAAGCAGUCCAAGCCGACACAAUGGGCAUUCUACCAAGCCCCGACCUCGACCUUGCCGUACGAAAUCGAGCGCCUCAAGAACAAGACUGUUGACGGCAACAAACGACACCACGAGCUGACCACGGAGUACCACGAGCUCUACCAGGACCUUCACCAGAUCAGGACGAAAUCGGACGAGUAUCAAGAGCAACACCGCCACGCCGAGCAGGUUCUACUUCGGCAGAACGAGCAGCUCGCGCGAUACGAGGAGAACCUCACCACGCAGACCCGAAUCACAGAACACCACAUGCUCCACCACCAGCAGGCGCACAGUGAGCUUGCCACGGCGACGCAUCAGGCCAGACUCGAGUGUGAACAUCACGAGGCACGCCAACUACACGCGGAGCAAGGAGCCGUCUACGACAAGCUCGCACAGUCAAUGAAGGACAACGAGGAGCUCCGCACCCAGAUUGACUUCAUGGGACGACACCUCACGAAGAGCUCCAAUCUCUCCACCUCGGACAGAAAGAACGCGUACCUGUACCUUUGGCAUCAGCAACUACAGUUGGAGGAGAUGGGCCUGCAGACCAGCUACAGCGAACAGGAAGCUGCCGUUCACAGGCUGCAUGAGGAAUGCCAGAAGACCGAGCAGCUACUCGUACUUGAGAUGAGCGAGCGCCACCGACAGUCUAAGAACAGGCAACACCAG